CGAUGGCAACGAAACCCAAAGCACCAGCAGCGGCACCGCCAUCCACUGCUGCCUUGGACACGGCGUUUGGCACAUGCAGGGACGUGGAUGAGUUCGAGAAGCUGAACCGAAUUGGGGAGGGCACUUAUGGGACUGUCUACAGAGCUCGGGACAAGGUGUCGGGUGAGAUUGUGGCGCUGAAGCGAGUGAUUCUGCACAACGAAAAGCAGGACGGGUUUCCCAUCACAGCCAUCCGCGAGAUCAAGCUGCUCAAACGUUUGCACCAGGAAAAUUGCGUGCAGUUGAAAGACGUCGUCGUCGGCCGCAAGCGCUCGGGCGUGUUUCUGGUUUUUGAGUACUGCGAGCACGACCUGUCCGCUCUACUGAGCAACGUCCACCGUCCGUUUACCGAGUCGGAGGUCAAGCGAGUGCUCAUGGAGCUCUUGCGUGCGGUGGAAUAUUUGCAUGCGAUCAACAUCAUUCACAGGGACUUGAAGCUGUCCAAUAUUCUGUACGACGGGUUCGGGCGCAUCAAGCUGGCGGACUUUGGUCUUGCGAGGGAGACGGGGUUCCCCUCCCCGACCAGCAUGACGCCCAAGGUCGUGACGCUGUGGUACCGUGCGCCCGAGCUGCUCCUAGGGGCACAGUCGUACUCGUCAUCAAUCGACAUUUGGGCGUGCGGGUGCAUAUUUGGAGAGCUCAUCCUGAACCGACCGCUUCUGAAUGGGUCGACGGACUUGGAGCAGCUGCAACUCAUCUACAAGACGUUGGGCCGGCCCACGGAGCGCAUUUGGCCAGGGAUGUCUAGCCUCCCUCACGCCGACAAGCUCGACUUGUUCGACUCGUCUUUGUACGUGUACAACCACAUCCCCAAGCUAUUUGAAACGCACUUGUCCGCAGCGGGCUUGGAGUUGCUGCAGGGCAUGCUCACGUACGAUCCAUCCAAGCGCAUUACGGUACACCCUAUGUACAAUAGACAUCGAUUUGAUCGAUGACCGCUGCUGCGACGACGACUCAGGCGUCGAGUGCCCUGCGCCAUCCGUACUUUGACGAGCGGCCGUUUCCCAAGGAAGUGGGCAUGAUGCCAACGUUCCCUUCGCAACAUGACGACAUGCCGCCGCCGCCGCCGCCACCGACCACAUCCGUCCAGCGGGAAGACCAUCAUUUUGGCCGGGCGUUUGGGGGCGGCCAUCAAGUGGUGGUGGGUAACAAGAAGCGAAAGAUCGUGUAGUUAACUAGUAUUGAAACUACGUACUCUGGCUCACUGGAUGUUGUACCAGCGUCGUCGCCUGCGAUGAUGUUUGUUUCGCUAACUAGUACCUACUAGCACAGUUGUACGGAGUACAAUAGUACGUACUAGUACAGUACCGGUAGUAGUAUGGCUGUACAUAACGAGCCGUUCGGUACAUCCAGCCAGUCAUUCAGCUGACGAGUUUGUCGU